ACUUCCGUACUGUCGACCAAUCAGAGAGGCGGAAACUCAAAGGGGGCGUGGUUUACUUAUACGCAUGCGCAGUGUGUUUCCAAGUUGACAUAUUUUACAGCUGCAUGUUUAACACACAGGUUUAACACCAUGUAAUGGUUUAACAUGUGGUUACAUAAACACAAUUGGGCUUGGUUCGAAAAUAUUUGAUAUGGGAUUAUUGUGGAGGACAAAUUAAAUGCAGGUGUGUGAGGAACGCCGCCGUGCACCGUCUCUCCUCCCAUCACCGCUGAUAUAAAUGGCUGUUGCAGAAGAGGUGUGACUAAAACAACAUUUGUGUCCUGAAACCACGGACGUUUGGUGAAAGAGAGACACUGAAAAGACACGAGUGGACCACAGUCAGGAAUAGUUUUGUGUCUUGGGGCAAAACAACAUAAAAAGACAGAGACUGCUGCUGAAACUUUUGAGGAUUAUGGUGGAGUGAAGGCAGUAUGGCAGCGAAACGUCCAUGAGAAGAAGCAGCAUACGCAGAGAAAAAGAAGAACAGCUGAGGAAGUUAAACCGUAAGACAUGGACUUGAUAUUUUAAUUGAAAAACCCUUAAGAUGAUAAUGGAAAAAGAUUGGAAUAUGAAAACAGAGGGAAACAACCAUCACAGGACUCUUAAGGGGUGACGUGAUUCACACACAGCUAAUUUCUUCUGUCAUGUGUCCAGUCUCGAACUAUAUUGUUGCGUUUACAAGCAGUCAUUGUUGACAUGCUGUUCUGUGACUCCUGGAUUUGAUAGACAGCAGUUCUGUUCCUAGAUGUCUCAGUCACCUAAUCCAAAAGACGGUCAGGCCUUGCUGCAGUCCAUGCUGCAGAGACUGAAGCUCCAGCCGGGAAAAGAGGGCCAGCCGUACCUGCACACACCUGUACCCACCGCAGCCGCUUCCACAUGGGGGCCGGAUGGAGAAAGAGGAGCCUCCAACCUCCAGAAAGUAAACAGCACUCCCCGUAAAUGGCUUUGAGUUUGGUACAAAUGGUAUCCCCUCAACAGAGUUUGGGAUCUCUGCUGCGGACGGUAACUUUGGCUUCAAAGGUGGGGAAAUACAACAACCAGGUCAUGGAAGUGAAGUGGACAGAGGUCUUAUUUCCUCCCCCUCCCAGAAAGACAACAUUGAUGGUGAUACUGGUGAGAACAGGGUGAUGGGACAGCCUGGGAUCACCCCAACAGCAACAGCAAGAGGGCAGCUGUUUCCUGCUAAAUCACUUAAGGAUGCUGAUAUCACUUCCUUUGAGAGUACUGAUGGGGCGAGGAUGAUUUUUGGCAGUUCUGCAAAUACAAGGCACAUCCCUAGCAAUAAAGAUGCUGUCACAAGCAUGGGACACAAUCAGGACCAGAACCAGGACCAGCGUCUUGCACCCAAAGUCUACACGUGGUCCUCGAAGCCCACAGGUGCUAAUGUCGACCCGGGAAGUCAGGGAGUGUUGCAUAUGGGAAAUGGAGGAUUUGGAGUUUCGGCGCAAAGUAAAGACACAAACAGCAGCUAUAGAAGAAAUCAGCAAUCAUCUGAGAAUAAAGCGAGGAAAUGGACUCAGAAGAUCAAGGAGAGGUGGAGGGACAGGUCGGGGAGUUUUGGCAAAAAGGGGAAAGAAGAAGGAAGGACAGUAGAGCAAGGAACUGAAAUUUCACCUCAAAACCAGCUAUCAACAGCAGAAUAUGUCAUUGACACGUCAAAUAAAGAGGAAGAAAAGACCCUCCCUUCACUCGACAGCAGUGGCAUCCCUCCUACACACACAGAAGACGGCACUAACGAAACAAAUACGAGGUCGAGCGGUGACUUUGAGUUUGGCCUGGGCUCGUUCAGCCUGCUGGAGGAGAUCACCACGGGUCAAGAGUGGGCCAAGUUCCUUAGCCCCAACCGAUCAGCCGCCUCAGCCAAUCAGAGACCAUCAGAACUCAAAAUCCCACCUCACAAUAGUGCUCAAUCAUCUCUGAUUUUGAACCAACAAGGAGGUGUGGACAACCACUGGAGUUUCAGGGGAACUGAGGCGUCACCAGGUUUAGAUUUCAGUAUGGCACAAAUAUCGCCUGAUGCUUUCCAGCCUGUCAGCAUGGACGUUUCAGAAGGGAAACAAGCUGCAGAACCAAUGGAGCACGGACAGACCCGAAGAACUCCUUUGUUUGUAGAGCUUGCAGAUGUGGACAGCUCAGCGCUGAAGAGCAGAGUCCAGCUCAACAGGAAGAGACAGCAUCAGACAGCUCACAGCGGAGACGAGAGGCUUGGAAUAGAGGCAGACAGAGACGGGUCCAUGUCUCCGUUCAGCCUAACAAACAACCACGUGAUGGAGGAGACAGGAGAGUCACAACGUGAUAACUUCAGGCCUUUCUACACCCUACACUCUCCUCCACCACCUAUCUCUCCAUUUACUCCUUUUGCUCCUGCACGCCGGGGCGUCCUCAAACACUCCAUAUCCCGGGAUUCACACAACUCAAUGGAAACAGAAUCAAAACGGAGGCGAGUUGAGGAGCACCGGAGGGUUCAUUUUUCAGAGCAGGUGUUGGCCAUAGAUCCUCCAGCGCCGGAUCCAAAUGCUACAGACUCGGAGGAGGAUACUGUAUCAGAGCAGGACUCUGUGAUCGAGCAGGAGAGUGACGAGGAUCACGCAGCGUUAGAGGUGGUGGCAGCAGGCAGCAGCAGCAGCACGCCGGAGUGCUCUUCCCGCCUGGAUACAGGCUCUGAAGAGGAAGAACACCGUGAGGAAGCUCAGGAAGGGACUGUAAAGACUGAGCAUUUAGUCUCACAGACUUGAGUUCUUUCUGGACACUUAAAGCACCUCUGAGUGUCUUAUUGCUCCUCGUCCCUCUCCACACCAUCGCUCAAAAUGUUAAUUGUUCAAGGUGUUGGGAGAAUUUCAAGCCUUUGCAACUACGGCCAGUGUGUCUGUCUAUCUAGACUGGAUUAACACUGCCAGUGUCGCAUCAGCUGCACAAGUGUUUGGUAACUGGAGUAAAUAUUCUCCCACCAGCUUUUAUCAGAGAUGUUGUCAUCCUCCUCCUCCUCCCCCUCUUCCCCAGCAGCAGACUGUCUCUUGGUAAUGGCUCCCUGUCCGGCCUUCCUGGGAAAUUAAACCCCCAGAGGAGAAGAGAGACUAUUGGUGGUUUCUGAUAGUCUGCUGCUCUCUGUUCAGCUCUUGAAACAUUGAAACCCUUUUCUAUUUUGAAGCCAUUUGCUUGCUGGAGUCAGAGAGAAACUAUUAUCAUCGUCAGGGCUCACAUUAGUCAUCAUCUGUAUCCUCCGUUUAAGUUUUUUACAGACUGGGCCCAAUAAUAGCUACAGUGUGUGAGCAACAUGGGAGACAGUGGAGCUACAAGACAAACAUUAGAGGAAUAGUUCCACAUUUUGGGUAAUACACCUUCUUGGUCUCUUUCUGUGAGCUAGAUGAGAAGAUUGAUACCACUCAUGUCUGUGUGAUGGUACGUGUCCACAGGGGCGUUUUUUUUGGACACGAGGGAUCGCCUCGUUUCCCAGCAUUGGACGCUUGAUGGGCUGCCACUAGACACAAG